AUGGAGAGAAUCGAUGGCGGUUAUGUUGACGGAGACAGCGAGGGGAAGGAAAUUGUUCAGGAUGUUGUUCCUCAUCCUCUGCCGUCGUCUAGCGAUGGAGAGAGUGAUGUUGAUGAACGAGAGACGCAACCUAAUCGCCGGAGAACGCUGGAUUCCUUGGCUGCGCUCGAAGAUGCUCUUCCGAUUAAAAGAGGUCUGUCCAGAUUUUACAAUGGACGGUCGAAAUCGUUCUGCAACUUGAACCAACUAAGUGUUGAGGACAUUCGUGAUUUGGGGAAGAAGGAUCACAUAUGCAAUAAACGGCGCAGGUUGCUUCUCGCGCACAAGUACUACAACAACGACGACGGAGUUCGCAAUGCUCCACCGCUCCAUGUCACCGACGGCGACAGAGAUUCCGCCUUGGCUCACGCAGCUUCCAUGCCUGUCGUCUUCUUCGCCGCCGAUCGAAUUGAAGAAGAUGAAGACGGAGAAAUAAACGAUAAUGGCAGCCUAGAAGAAAAAGGAUCUCCAAGUGAAUUGAUCUGA